CGAAGUAGUGAAUUUUACAUUUUCAGUUGUUCAAAUAGCCAGGAAAAUCAAGAAAUGGAACAGCCAGUUUACAAAUUACACAACCAGGAUUUUGAAUAUAUAAGAGAUUGGUUGUUGCGACGAGGUUAUAUAUUUAGCGAUCCUCAUUUCAAAUUGGACGAGAAAUACGAGUGGCAUCGACCAUGGGCGUUAACGGAAGAACCUCAACUGUUCGUAGGAGAACCGACGCAACACGAUGUAUUCCAAGGAGGAUUUGGGAACUGCCAUUUUCAAACGGCCAUGACUUGCUUGGGGGUUCAUUCAGAACUUGUGAAGCAAGUGGUACCUCCUGAUCAGAGCUUUUAUGACAAAUACGCUGGGAUAUUUCAUUUUCGGUUCUGGAAAUUCGGAAGAUGGUACGAUGUAGUCAUCGAUGAUCGCCUCCCGACUCUUAAAGGUAAAUUGGUCUCAACUAAAGCACCAAACAAUGUUUUCUGGCCGACUCUGUUAGAAAAGGCUUACUGUAAACUUCUGUAUGGCAAAUACGUAGACGAAGGGGGUAGAGAGUACACAGCUAUGCAGCAUUUUACGGGUGGCGUAGUUGAGCGAAUUAUGCUUGAUGAUAAUGUUUCCAAAACAAAAAAGAUUUUGCUCAAGGCAUUUGCAAGAAGAUCACUUAUAGGUUGUGCAAUCCCCACUAUUUUCAAAAAAGAUCCAACUCCUCAAGGUCUGGACUCACCACACGGAUACUCGAUGACUGGCAUAAGAAGCGUAAGUGUUCCUGGGCGUGGAGAAGUUAUUUUGAUUCGCCUCAGAAAUCCUUGGGGACAUACUGAGUGGAAGGGCGCAUGGAGCGACGGAUCACGGGAGUGGGAACUAGUCCCUGAAUCUCUCAAAGAAGAAUUAGCAGUGGUUGACCGAAAUGAUGGAGAAUUUGUGAUGGAAUAUUCAGACUUUUUGUCAUAUUUCAGUUAUGUAGGUAUUUGCUAUUUGAGUCCAAACGUAUAUUUAAACGCGUACGGACGGAACACAGAAGUCGGACUGUGGCACUUGGAUAUGGUGAAGGGCAGUUGGAUAAAAGGUGUGACGGCUGGAGGAGUAGAAUCGCUGCAUAAGAAUCCUCAAAUAAGGUUUAAGCUGAGCGAAGCGGACGUCGACAACGACGGUGAUUGCUCCGUGCUGAUUGCGUUGCUACGAAAAUUAACUCCACAAACUGAUUUUUUAACACAAGGGUUUAAGGUUUACCGUAUUUCUGACUUGAAUCAACCCGCUUUGGACCAAGAUUUUUUAAAAAACAACCAACCAGUUUGCUCCUACGACCCACACAACUAUAACAUUGAAAUAGUAGGUAGGUAUGAGUUUAAGCCAGGAGCCUAUUGCGUAAUUAUUUUUACGGAAGAAGGAGAAAGUGGAGAUUUCCUAUUGAGAAUUUACACUGAAAAUAAAACACACAUUAAGGACUCAGAUUCUACUAUUAAAGUAGGUCUUUCGCCGGAAGAUGUGCAGGACAGUGAUGCACCGGUGUCACGAACAACAGAAACUAUUAAAGAGUUCCAAAUGGACCAAUCAAUUACGGAUUUUUUCCACAAGGUGUCUGGCCCUGACAAGGAAGUUGAUUGGAAAGAUUUGAAGAAAAUUUUAGAUUUUGGUUUGAAGAAAAGAGUUUUGCCAGCCGAGGAUAGUGACGGUUGGGGGCAUUUUCUUUUUGACGCAGCGACAUUUAUAUACAACAAAGUUUUUGAACCAACCAUUAAAGGUAGUGUUCUAGGAAAGACGACGGGUGGUUACUCAUAUGAUCUAUGUAGAAGUAUGGUGGCCCUACUGGAUACAGACCAUUCAGGGAAGCUGAGUUAUAACGAAUUCCAAGCCUUGUGGAAAAUGAUUAAAACGUGGGAAUCAAUCUACGAACUGUACAGUGAUAAGGAUACAGGGUGUUUGAAUUCGGCAGGCCUACAAAAUGCUUUGAAAGCACUCAAUUUUAGUUUUGGACCCAACAUUUUUAGUAGUUUAAUACGAAAAUACGCAACAAGAGCCGGCUACAUAUCAUUUGAAGAUUUUUUGCAUUGCGCUAUAAAAAUAAAUAUUAUGAUUGAUUUCUUCACAUCCAAGGAUGAAAGUACGUCACGAAAAAUACGUCUUACUUUUGAAGAGUUAGUAGGAAAAGCACUUUAUUCAUGAUUGCACAAAAACGUAUUCAUGUAAUGAAAUACAAGACUGAGUUUAA